AUGUCCAUACCCUUCUAUUUUAUCGUUUCAAAGAAGAUCCCAUCCUCGGAUCCACAGUCACCAGAGCACUGCUUACAGCUUCCACCCUCCAUCGAGCUUGGUGCCGUCAUUGUUGACGAGACCGGAAAGCGAUUUGCUCAGCCAAGCAUAUCAUAUGCAUUGAGAGCUAAAGUUUGCUUCGCUGCCAGGACUGACGAUGAGACAAUGCCACCGGUCGAGUCCUCCUUACCACUCAUUCUACGGCCGCGAACAAAAGAAUUUCCGCCUACCGAUACUAUCGACUUCCCCACAGAGUUUAAGUUACAGGUAUCAAAAUCUGUUCGACGGUCAUUGUUUGCUCGAAACCUUGGGACUCUGACCGUGUCUAUACAAGAGCCACGGCCACUCAUCUACGAUGCUUCUUCUAUGGGUAGCCUAACGGAGUGUCAUGUGGGACUUGAGCUUUUGGCCCUCGAUUCGGGAGACGUUCACCAAGCCUUACAGGCAAUGGAGAUUUCGAUACAUUCGUGGGUCCGGGUCAAGACGUUCUAUUCCGUCAAGUCGUUCUCUCAGCUUCCAAGUCAAACCCUCCUGAGUUCCGAUGGAAAGACACGACUGCGAGACGAUUUUCUCAAACUCGAGACACGGAAUCUUCCUCACGUUUCGUGGAGUUACCAGUAUCACUCGGUGGAAUCUGGUGGUGACGACGCUAAUAACGGGUCGACCACGCAACCCGAUAGUGGCUCAAGUUCCUGUUCUGGACCUGCCAGUCCUUCUCAAGCACCCAGCGGAAGAUGGACAGCCAGAUUUACGCAUCCAAUCCGCGUCCAAAGCAGGGUUCUACCGACAUUUUGCAGUGCUAUUGUUGCACGCCUAUACACCGUCAUUGUCCGCCUAAAGGUUUCCGGGAUCAGGAGAGAGUCGUUCAAUUUAGAAAUCCCUCUUCAAGUAGUCCACGCGUCCUCCAACGAUGCUUCGGACGAGGAAUAUCCUUUCAUCAGACCCCUUGAAGAAGACAGAACGUCAAUGGAUUUCCGGAGAGCGUCGACAACCUCUUGGUUUAGCGAUGAGUCCCUCGCAAGUAGCACCCUCUUCCGAAAUUUCAUCCCAUUAAUCCUUCUCAGGAUCGCGUCGAUCAGCCUCCUCACUAUCACCCAUAAACAGCGUUGUGCAGAUGCGACUCUUGCCAAGACGACUCUUUAUAGAGAGUCGACUCUUUGCUCCCAGCCCUGGUGGCCGCCAGGAGUCCACAAUGGCGUAUGA